UUCAGUGUGAGAGACCGUCGCAGGCGCACAAUGCGCUCUGAUCUAUAGAAUAAACUGCACAGUGAUCGAUAUGGCUUCGCAGUGGGUGCCGCCGAAUAUAGCGCCAAUAUGCCACGAGCAGUUGGCGCCGUUGACCCAGUGUUCCCAAACUGGAUUCAUGUUCUUGACAUUGCUUACACAAUUGUUCGGGAAUUCCAUAGACAAUAUCCCAACGAACCCGUACCCGAAACCGUUUCGUGAUGAGUAUUCAGUGAGUGAUUUUGUGCCUCAGUUGUCGUCACCUUUGACUAGUUCCGGAUUUUCAGCACCAACACCAGGAUCACCCCUUUUGACAUUGGGCCCAACAAUCGGGCAUGUAAAACCUCAACCUGUGGAUGACUCGCCAAGCUUGGGACCAAUAUUGGCCGACUCGCAUGUGAAUCAUAAGAUGCGUUUCCACAGUUUCGGCCCAAAAGGCAGUCACGGGUUCGCGGAAUCUUCGUUCUUCUUGAAACCGGACCAGGAGGAAUUUGGGGGUGAUUUCUUUGCCCGUUCUUCGAAGUCUCGGCCGAUUUUCGAGUACAGUUUUGGGAGGAAAGGGGAUUAUUUUGAUGCGGAACCUGCUGAUUCUAAGAAGGUUACUGUGGAGGCUGAAGGGACUACUGAGAAAACUGUUGGGAAGGAAAAAGUUAAGAGUAAAAGGAGGAAUAAAAGAAGAGCCCCUGAAGUGUAUGACUUUAUCAUAGUUGGAGCUGGAUCUGCUGGAUGUGUUAUAGCCAAUCGCCUUUCCGAAGUCAAGAAGUGGAAGAUCCUACUCCUGGAGGCAGGCCCGGAAGAACCAGACAUCACCAGCGUCCCAGCACUAGCCCCAGCGUUGGGCAGCUCCAGCAUCGACUGGAUGUACCGGACCCAGCCUGAGGAGUUGACCUGCCGAGCCCAGAGGGGCCAGACCUGUGCUUGGUUUAGGGGGAGAACCAUGGGUGGAUCUAGCGCUAUAAACUACAUGGUGUACAUAAGAGGCAACAAGAGAGAUUAUGACGGAUGGGCCGAGCUUGGCAACCAUGGCUGGAGCUAUCGUGAGGUACUCCCCUUCUUCAAGAAAGCUGAAAACAACCGAGACGUUGAAGCAAAAAACAAAUUCUACCACUCGGUCGGAGGACCACUCAACGUAGAGAGAUUUUCUUACGUCGACGUAAACACAAUGAUGCUUGUGCAAGCUUUCAAAGAAACUGGCUUGCCCAUUACCGACUUAAAUGCAGAAGAACAGAUCGGUGUAGACAUCAUCCAGUCUACUUCUAUAAAUGGUCGUAGACAUUCUACGAAUGUCGCUUAUAUUAGACCAGUACGUCACAAAAGACCCAAUCUGCAUAUUGUAACUAAUGCUUAUGCAACUAGAAUUUUAAUAGAUGGUUAUACAAAAGCUGCGUAUGGUGUAGAAUACGUCAAAGAUGGUCAUAGGUAUAUCGUUCAAGCUAAAAAGGAGGUUAUAUCAAGUGGCGGUACGAUCAAUUCACCGAAAUUACUUAUGUUGUCAGGUAUAGGACCGGCAACGCAUUUGGCUAGUUUACACAUACCAGUGAUAGCAGAUUUAAAUGUAGGAAAUAAUCUUCAGGACCAUGUAACCACAGACGCACUUAUUGUUGGGUUGUCGAACAAAACCUCAACAAUGGUUAGCCCGGAUCAAUUGUAUAAGGAACUAUACAAUUAUCAUGCGCAAUACCCUCAUAAAACUGGUCCCCUGUCAAGUACUACUACUCUAACCGCAACUGCUUUUAUAAAAACAAAGUUUUCUCCAGAAAACGCACCAGAUAUCCAAUUCCAUUUCGAUGCGAGAAACGUAAGAGAAUUUUACUCUGAUCCAACAACCUCUAUUGCUUCAAAUAUAUUCCCAUUGUCAUUCUACGACGGUCUAGCAGCCAGACCUUUAUUGUUGACUCCCAAAAGCAGAGGUUUUCUUAUGCUCAAUCAGUCUGAUCCUAUAUUUGGUCCACCACUGAUAUAUCCCAGAUUCUUCACAGUCAAAGAAGAUUUGGACGUGUUAGUAGCAGGUAUGCAAUAUGCGAUUAGUUUAGAAGAAACUGACGCAUUUAAGCUAAGUGGGGCUGGUUUUGUGAAGAUUCCAGUGCAAGCUUGUGUAGGAUACCCAUGGGGUUCAUACGAUUAUUUGGUAUGCCUCUUGAUGCAAUAUACAUCGACGAUAUACCAUCCCGUUGGUACGUGCAAAAUGGGACCCAAAUGGGACAAAGAUGCUGUGGUAGAUCCCAGGUUGAGAGUUUAUGGGGUUAAAAACUUGAGGGUAGUUGAUGCGUCAAUAAUGCCUAAUAUAGUUAGAGGCAACACAAACGCUCCAACGAUCAUGAUCGCGGAAAAAGCAUCGGAUAUGAUUAAGGAAGAUUGGUUAUUUCAUUCGUUCUUUUAAUAUAAAUAGUUUAGGAUUAUUGUAAGUGUAUUUAAAUGUGUUAUUAAUAAUGUUCAGUAUAAGAUGUAAAUAGUGUUUGAACAAAAUAACAUGACUUAUUAUUGUGUUUCUUCUUAAUUUGAUUUAUUGAUUUAUAUAACAAUUAUAAUAUUUAUUUAAGCCCACAGUGUUCAUUUUGUAA